AUGCUCAAAGUGCUAGAACGAGAACGGGAUAAAACAGGCUUUAAGCCUAAUACAUCUGUAAAAUUUAAACUAAUAGUUUCAAGUAAACAUUUCACGACCGGUGACGCCAUGGGCAUGAACAUGUUGUCGAAGGGAACCGAGAGAUCUCUACAGACGUUGCAGACCCACUUUCCGGACAUGGAGAUAAUCUCUCUCAGUGGGAAUCUCUGUACUGACAAAAAGCCUGCGGCUAUUAAUUGGAUUGAGGGAAGAGGUAAAAGCGUUGUGUGCGAGGCAAUUGUACCUGCGGACGUCGUGUCGCGCGUACUGAAGACCUCUGUGCACGAACUCGUCAAUUUAAACUACAAGAAGAAUUUAACGGGUUCAGCCUUAGCAGGUACCAUAGGUGGCUUCAAUGCGCAUGCUGCUAAUAUCGUGACCGCGAUUUUUAUCGCCACCGGACAGGAUCCCGCGCAGAACGUUACCAGCAGUAACUGUUUGACAUUGAUGGAACCGUGGGGCGUUGAUGGCAAUGAUCUGCGUAUAACUUGCACAAUGCCCAACAUAGAAGUCGGGGCGGUGGUACCGGCCUACCCGCGCAAGGAGCAUGCUUGGCGAUGCUAGGAAUCAAGGGUGCGCAUCCCGCAGAACCUGGCCAGAACGCCAAGAGACUCGCUCGAAUCGUUUGCGCCACUGUACUCGCUGCCGAGCUGUCCUUGAUGGCCGCGUUGGCCUCCGGGGAUUUGGUCAAGAGUCAUUUGAGGCACAACAGGUAUAUGACUUGAGCGCGUCUCAUUGAAUUUAUACGUAUACGUUUGGAGACUAACUGAAGAAUUACAUUAUUAAAAUCUACUUUUACAGCAAUUUUUACUCAACAUAUAGUUGCUAAUUAUUGAAAUAACUUGAUGACUAAAUGAAGAAGUUUAUUUCCAAAUCAUCUUAAAUUCAUACAGCAUUGCGAGAAGCUUUAUAAAUUAUGUAAUGCGAAAACAGUUUGGCGAUAAAACUCCAACUAUGUUGAGUCUAUGAAUACAGCUAUUAAAUACUGUUAAUUUUUUAACUAAAUAUUUUGUCGCAGGUAACUAAGUUGCACGUUUCUCUUUCUGUUUGCAGUUCAUCUGUCCUAAUUAGUAACCCGGUGACCACUGCUCACAGAAGUAGUAGCAGUAGUCGCGACAACAAGUUAACGGUGCCAAACGUUUAGUCAUACUAAAACUUUUGUGUAAACUGCGCUAAAAUCUUAGUGGCUAACAAAUAUUUUCGUCCUUUCCGUAUGAUGAGAGCUGUUUAUAUGUAUAUCGUUUCGUGCCUGCCUCAUUAGUGUUCCAAACAGAUCGAGUAUGUUUCUGCUGUAUGUGAUGAGAUGUAGGUCGAAUUAUGAUGUGUAUAUUACGCCUAUGUAUAUACGUAUAUGGAAAGAGAAGUAUUGCAGUUCUGACGGAAAUGAUAAAAUGUCUCUCCUUAUGAUGCUUUAAUGUAAAUAAUAAACUUUUUGAUUGUUCCGAAAUAUCAAUUUUAUCUUAAUCAGGAUAUUAAAUAUCACAGUCAUGUAUUGCAAUAUAUAAAUAAUAAAGUCUCAUUUUAUCUCUUUGUUUCGCUAUAAUUUGCACGCGCUUGUUCUUCGAAUCCGAGGUUUAAUUCGUCCACGAAUCAAUGAAGCUGACGUUCAAAAGCGGAUGGUGUCCGAAAGAAUACGAUACUGCUCACAAACAGCUGAUAUUACAAGUUCGGACUACGAGGAUGUUGAUUCGUCUUGUAAAAUACAAGGGUCAUGUCAUAGAAAGAAAGAUACAACGGACACCGCAAAAAGAAAUGUGGCUGUAACUAUUGCCGAGAAAGUUGUAGAAUCGUAUAAACAAAGUUGUUUCCUGAAUGAAAGACCAUACAUUACUGACAGCUGCACGAAUCAGCGUAACAUUCCUAAUGAUAUUCAACGUGAAGGUAAUUAAUACAAUUUACUGUUCUAAUGUAUGAUUAUAUAUAAGUAGCCAUAUAAAGAC